AUGACCCGGCAGAGCGAGAGUGCUCGAAUCGCUAUGAGGCACAAGACUGGUAGCGUGGGCAACUUGUUGGGUCAGAAGACUCCCAAGACCAAAGGCUCUCGUGACUUCCUGCGCGACAACGUGAAGCGGGUCCGCGCCAUGAGCCGCGAUGUGCGCCGGGAGCGCCGCGAGUCUGAGAUGCCAAGUGAUCCCAGCUUUAAGCUGCAGCAGUUCGCGAACGUGGCUUCGCGACUUCAUCAGACUCCUCACAGGGUGACGGCGCGACUUCAGGAGAUGGCUUCCCAGACCCCCUCGCGCGUGCGCUCUCUCAGCGUCCCCGGCUUCAGUCCGGCGAAGACCAGCCCGCCCGAGCUGGCGAAGGUGGCUUCGAGCCCCUGGGCCCGAGGCCCCUUGCGGCCCUGCAACCAGCCCAUUCGGCGGCACAAAGGCAAAGACAGGGAGCUCAGCAAGAUUCAAAGCUCCAAUGCCACGGAGCUAGGGGCCUCUUCGGUGGAGCAAGAGAACCGGCCUGGUGCCAGGCUCCUCUUCUCACCACCACCGCGGACGGAGGUGAGCUCCGGUCCUUCUCGAAGUCCUGAAGAGGUGGUGGAGUUCUCAUCCUCCAGGAGUCCUGAGACGGAAAUCCCAGGAUGGUGGCCUGAAGACAGCGACCUUUGUUGCCCUUAUGCAGACUUCGAGCCGCUCCCCAUCCCGCGGCGCCCCGGGCGUUAUGCAGGUUGCUCCGUGCAGGCCAUUGCAGACGGGGCAGACCAGGACCCGCCCCGGAAUCAGCACCAGUUCUUCCGGGACCACAGAGGAAGACCACGCCAACAACCAGCGCAGGCCACAGAAAGGGCAGAGCAGGAUCGGCCGAAGUUCUUCAAGGCAUUGGGUCUCUGUGCCAUGGUGCUGUUCGCUGUCUUGAGCCUUUGCUGGCUCCAUGCGCAAGGCUUGAACGUGCUCAACAACAGCGCCAGGAAUGACACUGCCACGGAGAAUUUUACGCUUCCCAGCGCGGAGGGCUUCCGGGACACGAAGGUCUGGGGACCACCCACCUGGUUCUUCCUGCACUCCCUGACGUUGGCACUGCCAGAGGAGGUGCCGCGAGAGCAGCAAGCUCAGAUCAAGAACUUGCUGGUGUCUUUGCGAGAGGUCUUGCCCUGCGCCCAGUGUUCGGACCACUGGAGGGAGCAGAUGGAAGAGGUCACAUCCAGCAAAUAUCCAGCUCCACCACACUCCAUCAUCGCUUUUGGCGGCUGGCAUGAGCCCUGAAGCAUCCUGAAGCAAUCCUGCAAACAGAUGCUGGACCUGAUCCAUGCGCUUGAAACGAUUUUCUGACCAGUAUCAGGAUCCAGGAAGAAUUGGGUGGACACAGUGGAGUGGACACCCCUUCAUCCCCUUCACGACGUCGGAGCUAUGUAAACAAUACCAUACAAGACCCCUUGGGGGGUGUUCUUUGACGCAGUAUACCACCGGCAGAGACCACGUCGUGGGUGCUCCACGAAGCCACGACUCCAAGAGAACCGCUCAGUGGCUGGGCUCAGCUCGGUUGGGAGGUCAAAUCCGGUCGAUGAAACAACGCGAGCUCGAUGAAUUUAAAGGGAAGUUGACCCAUACCAUAGAGCGCAUAGAGGCUCCUUAGGGUGCAC